UCCCUAGUUUCUUGUUGGCACUUGCGUCAAAAAACAAAAGUCCGCUGCGGAGCAAAUAGAAUUGAAUCGUAUUCCGCGGCUUCUUUGACAAGAAAGGCUUUUGCGGUUGCUAGCUCCAACUCCAAAUAAUUGAAUAACACUUAUUGAGCUUGGAUGAUGAGAGCAGUGCUUCGAUCAAGUGUCAUGUCCGGCGCCACUACGUUGUCGUCUUCGCUAUCUUCAAUACCGCGCAGAAACCCUAUCUCGCGCUUCACUACCUGUAACGGUGUUCUAACACUGGACAAUGUUUUCUUCCCCACUCGCUCCAAUCGCGUUUCGCUUCGAUGCUACGCCGCACUCACUGGUUUUGAUAGAGUUCGAGUUCAGAAUCCUAUAGUGGAAAUGGACGGUGAUGAAAUGACAAGGAUCAUAUGGAAGAUGAUAAAGCAUAGACUCAUACUUCCUUAUCUGGAUUUAAAUAUAAAGUAUUUUGAUUUGGGAAUUCAGCAUCGUGAUGCAACUGAUGACAGAGUUACUGUAGAAAGUGCUGAAGCUGCUCUAACGUUUAAUGUUGCUGUAAAAUGCGCAACAAUAACUCCAGAUGAAACCAGAGUCAAAGAAUUUGGACUGAAGUCUAUGUGGAGGAGCCCCAAUGGCACAAUUAGAAACAUUUUGAAUGGUACUGUUUUUCGGGAGCCCAUAAUAUGCCGGAAUAUUCCAAAAAUUGUCCCCGGUUGGAAGAAACCCAUAUGUAUUGGUAGGCAUGCUUUUGGUGAUCAGUAUCGUGCUACUGAUUUAGUAAUUAGAGGACCAGGGAAGCUUAAGUUGGUAUAUGUUCCUGAAGACGCGGAUCCUCCAGUGGAGCUUGAUGUUUUCAAUUUCAAAGGACCAGGUGUUGCUCUUGCUAUGUAUAAUGUUGAUGAGUCUAUCCGGGCUUUUGCUGAAUCAUCAAUGUCACUGGCGUUUGCAAAGAAAUGGCCUCUUUACUUAAGCACCAAGAACACUAUUCUUAAGAAAUAUGAUGGCAGGUUCAAAGACAUAUUCCAGGAGGUGUAUGAAGAAAGGUGGAAGACGAAGUUUGAAGAACACUCGAUAUGGUAUGAACAUAGGCUCAUUGAUGACAUGGUUGCAUAUGCACUCAAAAGCGAAGGAGGAUAUGUUUGGGCUUGCAAAAAUUAUGAUGGUGAUGUCCAAAGUGAUUUACUUGCUCAAGGAUUUGGCUCGUUGGGCCUCAUGACUUCUGUGCUGUUAUCUUCUGAUGGAAAGACAUUAGAAGCUGAGGCAGCUCAUGGAACUGUAACUCGACAUUUCCGGCUUCAUCAGAAGGGACAGGAAACUAGUACAAACAGCAUUGCUUCUAUAUUUGCAUGGACGCGAGGACUGGAACACAGGGCCAAGCUGGAUAACAAUGAGAGGUUACUGGAUUUUGCUUGUAAGUUGGAGGCUGCAUGUGUUGAGACGGUGGAGUCUGGAAAGAUGACCAAAGAUCUUGCUAUUCUGAUUCAUGGACCUAAUGUAUGCAGGGAAUUUUACUUGAACACACAGGAAUUUAUCGAUGCUGUGGCCCAUAAGCUGGAUGAAAAGCUCCGGGUACCUGCGUUGGUCUGACUGUUACUUAAGUCCCAUUUUUUGUUAGGCAGCCGUAAAGGGGGCGAGGGAAUUUAUUACAUUUUGAAUUGUUCAGGCGGCCAGUGGGGUUUUCUAUAUCUUUUGGUCGUCGUUUAAAAUCUGUGAGCCCCAGAAAGGAAACUGGUCAAUUUUUUUAACUCUGCAAAGUCCAUACUAUUACGAUUCAGCUCUAGGCUUUUGGCUUUGGCGGCCGGCAUCCCCAUUCUUGAACCACACGCUGUCUUGCUGGCGGGGGAAACUUGCAGAGCAUGAGCAAAUCACAGGCAAAUGAGAUUAGUUUGACUUUUUCGGGUGAUUCAUCAUUCGUUAAGAUAUUGCUGGCUAGUUUGAAUAUUUGAGUACUGCUUUUUUUGAAAUGAUUGUUUGAUAUGUGGUGCUAAGAUUGGAUUGUGGGGCGUAUGUUGAAAUAAGUCGUAUGUUUUUCAUGGUUUAUCAAUGAAUAUGAAUAUAUAAUAUUAUGAAAUACAAAUAGAAAUUUUAUAUUGAA